AUGACUAUCGUGUCGAAGUUUUUACCACUUUCAAUUCAAGCCAAGAAAAGUGUUUGUUUACUUCCUUCUGCUUUGCAAACUGUUAUAUAUAGACAUGAUAGACAUUAUUCAUCUGCUAAAGAGCGUGGCUUAUCUCAAACUCGGGCAUCGGAAGAUCGGAGUGACAUUUCCACAGACGUCCGCCCUUUAGGAGAAAAAGUGAAGGAAGCGACGAAAACUGCGUCUUAUACUGGUGUUAUUUUGGUCGGUCUAGGCGUCACCGGCAUUAUUUUCUAUUAUGUAUUCAGAGAAUUAUUUUCUAGCAACAGUCCUAAUAGCAUCUAUUCUGAAGCUUUGGAGAAAUGCAAAAAUGACCCUCGAGUGGUAGAUGCCCUGGGUUCUCCGAUCAAAGGUUAUGGUGAAGAAACCACACGAAGACGCCGCACUCAUGUUAGCCAUGCAGUCUAUGAAAAGGAUGGAAUUACACAUAUGAGAAUGAGGUUCUACAUCAAAGGAAUUAGGAACAAAGGCAUCGUUGAAUUGGACAUGAAAAAGAAUGACUAUGGCACGUAUAUGUGUCGUUACCUACUAGUGCAGCUAGAUGACUACACUGGACAAACAUUCAUCAUUGAAGACAACAGAGCAGAAUUAGACUACACAACCAAGUCUGACAGGGGUGGGCACCUGCCUAUGCUCACUUUAUCUUAGGAACUUUGGAAAAGUUAUGUUUUCAUCCAUAUUCAGUCAUGUGCAGUGUAAAUUGUUUAGAUAAGUAGUAAUUUUAUUAACAAAUGAAUUAAAAUUAAUAAGAAAAUACUAUCAUAGGAUGUUUUAU